AUGGCCCACUUUCUGGGGGCCAGCCAGAUCGACAUCCGCACGGCUUUUGGAUGGCUUGACGGUGGCAUCCGUGAAUUCGGCCUCGGCAAAGGAUCUAUACUGGCGGUCAUGCACAUUGGCUACUACAUGGAUGUCCUCAUCCGACAGCAACAGGGCCUCCAAGACCGAGUUAGGAUAUCCAACCAAUUCACCGGCCAAUCUGCAUCGGGAGGGGUGUUUGGAGCCGACAAAUCUUUUCUCUUCUACCUCUCCCCCUAUGCUUACGCUGCUGUCGCCCUCAACGAUGGACUCGGAAACCCCCAACCCAUCCGAGUUGUUUCGCCCUCCGAGGGCUUCCGGCACCUGGACAUACACCAAGGCACCCACAACCAAUGGGAGGACACCACUCGCACGGAGCUCCAAUACAUCAUUAAUGCCGUCUGGAUCCCAAGUGUCCUGUACCGCACGGCCAUUAGCAACGCCAUCAGUAUCGCCCCGGCCCUCGACAUUAUUUUCCGUAAGACGGCACGCCGCGUCCUCCGCUUGCCACAAGACCAUCCAAACUCCUGGUUCUACGACCACACCGAUGGCUUGGGCCUCGUCCACUGCGAACGCUUGAGCCACAGCCAACGGCUGUACCAAUUCCUCCGCAUUGCCAACGACCGUGGCUCACCCGCACAUGACAUCCUCAUGGAAUCCCUUGAGGCCUACCAAACCGAGAGUGGCCUCACGGACCACCCACUCGCAUUCCGUAUCCCCCCACCUGCCUCAGACACUACGUUUAUUGGUACACUCCUCCGCGACCUCGCUGCCUUCAACCCUGCCCUCAUUAUCACCACCCAAUGGCACCAACCCCCCGCUAGCCGUCCCCAACGUCCCAACGACCGCCCUAUCUGGGCUCACCUCACCCCAGCUUUCAGCACUACCCUCAUCUCCAUCAACCGCUCCCACACCAACAAAGUCCGGUGGGUCGGUGAUAUUACCAAUGAAAAGGGAACGAUGUUACUCAGCCUUCCAUCCCUCUGCACCAAAUACGGCUGGAACCGCGCAACACUCCAACGCUUCACCCCCAUCUGGGAUGCCAUACCCACAGUCACACCACACAACCCACCCCCUAUACUCCGGCAACAGACUAUCCAGUGGGGUUCUCAACAUUCCGGCCAGCCACUACCGCUCCCCCCUCUGCCGACUCUACCACGGCCCCAUCUUCCCUAUCUGGAACAACCCCUAGGUCGCACGUUCUUCACACCCUCCCGCGGCUUCGAAGCCAUCCAUGUACCACUCCGUGCCAUGCUUGUCAUCCCCCACCACCUUACACAUCGGAACGGCCGACCCGACACACUCAGCUACCGCAUCGGCCGACGUACCAGUCUCCAAACUCGACAUACUCCCGCCGGCCCAGAAAUCGCAGUCACCUUCUGGCAUGAGCUCCGAAAGGGAACGGACAUUUGGUACUCACCCACACCACGGGAAGCCCGUAGUCGACUCCGCCUAGUCCCCAUUGCAGGGUGCGCGAUCCUCACUGGCGACCUCCUCCGCACCAGCAGCACCCAACGCCACAAGUUCAUCCCAUGGACAGAAACGACGUGGACACAUCCGGGCACGCACCACACACACCGCGGCAACAACAACCGCGCUCUUAUUGCCUCCACCGCUAUGCACAGAGCAGACCAGGCCCAGCUCCCACACGCACACCACACUCCCCCACACGCCACACCAGCCUGUUCUGCCUGCUACCGAAUAGCGGACACUACUGUCUGUAUGGACUGCGGGCAAUGGCACCAUCCUGCCUGCAUACCACAUUGCCAGGUGGUCCUACGCCACUCCACCCCUACGUACGGCAUCCACACCUUCCCCCUUCGUGCCGCACGUACACACUCCGUCGGUGAUGGCAGCGUCACAAACCAAGGAAAACAGUCAGCCCACGGCACAUGGAGCUACCUGGGCAGCGAUGGCACUACCCUUACUGGGUAUAUUCGGAUACACCCAGACCACAUCACCCCCACACGCUGCGAAGUCCACAGCCUCUUGGCAGGUUUGCACCACUCUGGGGAUACAGCGCUUCAAAUCUGCGACAACACCACGGCCAUCGGUCUUGUUAUCAUGGCCAGGUCCCUCAAACGCCGUGGAGGCCAACCCCGCUACAGCAACAUCCACCGAGUGGAACUCCGCUCGCUCAUGGCCCUACUCAACCCCGAGGCGUUUGCUGGUGACUGGAUCCGCGCCCACCAAGACAGCACAAGCACUACGGACCCAGUCCUACGUGCAACUGCCCCCUGGCUUGGCGCCAUCUACAGUCGGCAUGACUGGCACGCAGCACAGGCCAGUAAACCGGACGCCCGCCGCACCAUCCAGCCCCUCCGCCUCAACACCGGAGAAUUAUGUAAAUGGGACCUCCCCGCCCUCUCCUUCUACUGGCGGGCUAUCUGCUACACCCUCCACACUAACGUACGCAAACACCGCAUUCAACCACGGUGGGAACCCCACUGCCGUACAUGCCCGGACUUUCCCGACACGCAGGAACACCGCUUUGGACUCACGCACCCGCAAUGCCCCGCGGCGACUUCACUAAUGCAAGAUCUCCUCCUCGCCACACAAGCCCGCGAGUACCUUCACUGGCUUGACACGUCCCCAAUGGCAGACACGAAGUCGAAAACCCUCCCCCAACUCGGGACACUGCAUGCUUCCUAUCUCCCCAAAACGCUGUGCACUCGCCCUCCACAUGCACCGUCUCCUCGGACCCCCCCGACCGACGACGCUCGCACUAGCUGCCACCCAACUACACUGGAGUCUACACAAUGCCGUACGCCGGGCGGCCUCCUACCCCGAUGGCUCUACCACACAGCCCUUGGCUGCGUACCCCUCCUGGCACCCCGUGACUUCUGGUUCAGUCAGUGGAUGGGUGGCCCCAAUGGCGCUACAUUCCAAGGACCGCUCGAAGCCCCCCCUCUUUGUACCAUCCCCCGGCCCCCUACAUACCACCACUGGUGGAUCGAUACGACUCACCACCCCUUCUCCACACCUGAAGGUUCCCAGGGCCAUACCCAGGCAAACAGCCCCCCUAUAACAUGGCUCCUCACCAUACCCACGGGCCAGAUCACCCUACGCAACCCCUCCUCCAUACACCACGUCACCACCCCUCAAUGGGGCAAGCUCACCACUAGCAACCCCGUCCACAUCCACAUCGGUUUCCUCACCACCGGUACAACCCCGGACCUCCUCACUCCCGCCCAACACCACUGGACUGAGGCACUCAGACCCCUAGAUGCUACCCACUGGCUCCAUCGCCCCCAACCCAUCAUACUUAGCACCACACCUGCGGACGCCAGCACCACCAACCCCAAGAUCCUCACGGCUCCCACUCACUGCCUCCACUGGGCCAGCUCAACAUCCCGGCUUUCGACCAAUACGCACAUGACACACGCAGCUACCUCGAGGCUACAACACAUCUGCACCGCAGGGGAACUACCCCUCCUCACUGAGGUUAACAACAACAUCCGGCUAAAACGCCAUCACCACCAUGCCUACCCCAUGGGCCACGACCGACGCAUCCGCGCCCGCAGAGCCCACCUCACAGCCAAGACGCUCCGAUGGCACUCCCGCAGACUCUCUCUGUUACACCCUGCCAUCCCCCCUCCCAUAGGCUACGCUGACCCGACCCUCCUGCCACCGCGACACUCCCCGGCCCCGGGAUAUCACCUCCAGCGGUUGAAGCGUUCCGUCCCCCUGGAGCCGACACAGUCAGGUUUUUCAAGUAGUUAA